AUUAAAAAAAAAAACCGUCUGCAGGGUCGACCGACAUUGAUUGAGCUGACGUGUUAUUGUUGAUUGUAAAGCUAAAAAGUCUGAAAAUCCUAUCAAAAUGUCCUCUUUAACUGCUGUAAUCCCAAAAUUGUACCAAGAAUAUACCACCAAGACUCCCAAGAAACUUAAGAUUAUCGAUGCAUACUUAUUAUACGUGUUUUUAACCGCAGUCAUUCAAUUUGUGUAUUGCUGUCUUGUCGGCACAUUCCCGUUUAAUUCUUUCUUGAGUGGCUUUAUUUCAACCGUUAGUUCAUUUGUUCUUGGAGUGUGCCUACGCCUGCAAGUGAACCCAGAGAACAAGAAUGAGUUCCAAGGGCUGAGCGCCGAACGAGGAUUUGCCGAUUUUAUAUUUGCACACUUGGUACUACACAUUGUCGUUGUUAACUUCAUAGGUUAAAUUGUUACAAUUACUAAGAAAUAGAUCUUCUGUACUGUCACA